AUGGCCGAGAUUUUGGAUAUAUCUCGUGACAUGGAGGAGGGUAAAGCCCGUGGUGACUACGAGCAUAAUCGUCGUGCAAACAACCGUCGCAUCAAUGAGACAAUGGAACAGAAUAAGUGGAAUGACAUACCUCGUUCCAAGCAGGAUCACACCCCCAAACCGGCACGUCAAAGCUUCAAUGAUGAACUACGUGAGCUGUCUGGAGUCCCUCGUAAAGGCCCUAUUCAGAACUGGGAAAGACCUGUUCAAAGUAAGAAGGGACCUUGGCAUGAGCAUAAACUCGACAAGAAGCAGCGUGAUGAGUACCUCGCUGAGGGAAAAUGUUUCCGCUUCGCUUCAGGAUCACGGUCAGGUCCCCCUGGUCAUCAUAAACCACCAACAAUGUCUUUGGCGAAUAUCCAGUUCAAGCUGAAGGAGGCGGAUCAGCUGUCCAGGGUUGCAGAUAGCUCUACAAGCUUCGAACUUAACAAUAUCAGUUUGGAGCUGGAUGAUGAGGAUGUGGACAGCAUACCUAGUCAUUCGUGGACUCCUACGGAUGCUGAGUUGUGGCUUGACCAGCACAUGGGCGACAUGCUAGAUGAGUGGUGGACUUGGCGUAUGAAUGCCGAGACCAACUGGCCAGAUGCACUUGCAUUAGGUGGUCACGGAGGCAUGGAGGGCAGGAAUCCACGGUUCAGCAUGUAUUGUACAAAAGGCGUAAAUUUUGUCUUGUUCGACUCCCUACGAGAUGAGCAGGAUGAAGUACUGGUACCUGGGAAUGUGGUUCAGUACGGUGAUAUGGUUUCUUGGUGCAGGUCAUACCUCAUUCAGACGUACUGUAUCCCAUCUGUUGAACUACCUCCUCCCUUGGGGAAGGAUCUAAUGGCCAUGUUCAUUGAGGAAUACCUGGACAAUGGGUUUAACAACGAGUUCGAUGGUCUAGCAAAAAGAUUUACCGUUUCAUACAAAUCCCCGAACGUUUUCCGCGUAAAGGAUCGUGUUCUUUGGCACGAGUUUCGUCUGCCUCGUGUGAUGGCCUUACACCCGAAGUUCCGGCUGUACAACUGGUGGUUGGCACGAGUUCAACGCUGGGAGAAGACACAACUACGUACCUGCUGUUGGUCUGGUUGGAAAGUUGGUCUCGCUGGCCUGGAGGGCGAGAACGUAGGAGAUUCCAUAACACGUAAAACCCGCAGGAGACUAGCCGGCUUAUACCUUGGACAUGUAGGCUAUAAGCGAGAUAAGCUUACCGCUAUCCAACCAUCCAGUGAGCAAGGCCAAAUUGUCUCGAUAUUGCACCAGGACGAUGUAUCGACAUCCCCUGCGAGCGAAGAUCUUCAUCCGCAGACCAAGGCAACAAUGCUUGAAGACUUUUGGGCGUUUUCAGAUAUACCCCUGGCCUUUGAGUAUAUGGAUCGAUGUCUGGCGAGCAAGGGACUCAUUGUCGGCAUCAAAAAUUUGGACCCAGAAACGUUGCGAAGGCCAAUCUACGUGAUGUACGUCGAGGUGGGUCAAACACAGUCAGAGACUCUGGAUCUGCUCACACUAGUGAAUACUGCACCUUCUUUGAUACGGCGAUCCAGUGAAGCCCAUCUCGUUCGCAUCGGAGGAGUAGCCGAGUCAGGAGGCGUAACACAUACGCUGGUCGAGAUCGGGGUCAUUGAGGGAAUACAGUUAACCAUUGGAGAGGAUGUCGAGUCUGAAUGCGUUUGUCCAUACGUCAUGUAAUCGUGGGAGUACGUGGAACUGUUUACAUGCCUGUAAUCUCAGUAACCAGCACUGUACAGAGGGGAGAGUCUCACCUGGUGGAAGAGACGAAUGCCAUGACAGGAAAAGACAGCCUCAUCAAGAAAGUCGUACUCUUGGACGCUCGAGUCCAGCAGGUUUAUGGGCCAAUACAGCGGAUGCCCGUAGACGUUGACGCUAUCGAUGAAUGGCCCUGCACAAUUGCUGUGAGACAAAGCAACGAGAAAUUUAUGACGUAGAAGAAUCCCAGAAG